AUGCAACGCCGUCCUCUUACAAGGAUUGAGCUUCGCCUCACUGAUGUCACCGAGUUUGAAGAGUAUCUAGCUGACAAAUUAAAGCUGGAUAAUAAAGACAAUAAAGGCCCUAAUACUGCUGUAUCUAAUAAUAGCAGUUCCACUGCUUCGCAGGAAAAAUUAGGUAACAAUAGCACCUUCAUGCUAAAAAAGAUUCUUGACAUAUCUACUCUUAUCAGGUCUCCGUCAGAACUACCUUCUAUUCUUUGUCUGGGAAGCAUCUUUGAGCAUUGA